CUCUAGAAUACCUGAUUCCAGACCACGAGACUGAUGUACUUUGUGAAAAUCCAGGGUUUGGGUGCUGUGGUCAGUGGAAUUGCAGCGUGGACUCCAACAUACUCUUGACUGUCCUGAAACAAGAUGGCUGUUCUGGGCUGCUUUUAAACCUCUACAGGAUCAGUGUCCUGAAAUCUGGACAGCUGCUGCUCAAUAUGUGACUAGAAAGGCAUUCUAAACAACAGCCAACUUUCCGGGACAUCGACAUGUCUUAUAUCGUCAGAAAGCUUAAAUAUUUGUUAAUCUAACCGCAGUAUCUAAUUUACAGUAGCUAUUCCAGUGGGACAAAAUACCAUGCUAUUGUUUGGGGAUAGUGCACAACAACAAAACGCUUAUCAAUGCUACUUGUUUGAUACAUUCACCUCUGACAUAUUGGCUACACAACACGUCAAUUAGCCUAAUGAAGGUAAGCCGUCGUUAGGCACCAAUGAGACCAGCGGUGUCCACUUGAUUGACAGUCUUGGUUCAAGGACCACAUAUCAUUUUGAAACCGAUCUAGCUAGAUAGCCAAUGAGCUGGGCUUUCCAGCAGCAUGUGAACGCCUUUUGUACUACAAACAACCAUCAUGCUAGAGCAGUGGGCAACAGUGUUCAUUCGCUGGUGAAAGCAAACAGGACUCACGGUAGUUAAUGAUACGCAGUGGUUCGUUCUCUUCUACAAACUUUUGUCAAAACUAAAAAAAGAAAACAUGGCUACUACUAGUGGAAAAGCUACAUCCAAGUUUACACAUUUGGAUGAGAACAUUGCAGAAAUGGACUGGGAGAGUGACAUAGAACUGAUGGAUGAGGACUCCAUGAGUGAGUACAGUUUUGAUUCCAGUGAGGAAGAAAUGUUUUUGGAAGGAGAAGAUCCACUUUUAGAUCAAUGUAGAGACUCUGAUGACCUGUGGGAGCCACCUCCAAAGAAACCACAUUCAAGUCCAUCCCACACUGAUUCAAACAUAGGAAGUGGUUCCUCCAGUCUGACCCCUGCUGCUGUCUCUGGCUCCACACCCACCCGUCCAUCUAGAGGUGUUAUGAGUCCAGACCAGAAGCGGAGGAGGGCCAGUGUACCAGCGGCAACUUCAACCGAGGGAGAGGACCGUUGGCGCACUGUGCUAGAGGAUGAUGUGGAGCCACUUCCACCAACAUUUAGACCUAAAAGGCAGCCAGGACCUCAGCUGGACAUGACUGGAAAGUACAGCCCCCUUCAUCUUUUCCAGCUGUUUUUCUCCUUGUCAGUUCUUCGUUUGCUUGUGUCUAACACCAACAAGUAUGGGGCUAAGAAGCAAGCAGGCAAGAAAAAGGCAUGGAAGCCCAUUUCCAUCCAAGAAUUAUACUGUUACAUCUCACUGGUCAUUUAUAUGGGCGUUGUGAAGUUGAAAACCCUGAAGGACUACUGGAGAAGCUCAAGACUCUACCAACUGCCUUUCCCCACAACUAUCAUGUCUUGUAAGAGGUUUCUGACUGUCUCGCGGGCGCUUCAUAUCAGUGACCCACAAGCUGACGACAACAAUGACAAGAAGAAGGGGACAGCAAGCUUUGAUAGGCUCUGCAAAAUCAAACCUCUCUACUCCAGCAUUGUUGAGGCCUGCAAGACCCAUUUUCAGCCUGCCCAGAACCUGUCCAUAGAUGAGAGAAUGGUAGCCUCAAAGGCCAGAAUUGGCAUCAAACAAUAUAUGCCUAACAAGCCAACAAGAUGGGGUUACAAACUGUUUGUUUUGGCAGUUCUGCACCUGAGGAAGCUGAAUGUAUGGUCUUGUGGAACCAUUCGUCCCAACGGAGUGGGUUUUCCCAAAACAAAAGUAAACGACAUGCCUAAGAGGGCUGAAAGGGGUACCAUGAGAUGGAUUCGUAAAGAUGACCUGCUCUUUGUAAAGUGGAUGGAUGCCAGAGAGGUGGUCAUGUGCUCCAGUAUCCACAAAUCGUACAGUGGCGAUCACAUCGGCAGGCGUGCGAAGGACGCUAAUGGGACAUGGACCAAGAAAGCUGUCCCCGUUCCAGCUGCUGUAAAGGAUUACAAUAAGAGCAUGGGAGGUGUGGACCUGUCUGAUGCUCUCAUAGGCUACUACAAUGUUCUCCACAAGACAAUGAAAUGGUACAAGACAUUGUUCUAUCACUUCAUCGACAUUGCUGUGGUGAAUGCAUUCAUCCUCCAGAAGGAAAUGGCUAGGAUCUGUGGAAAGACCCCCAUGACACAGCUAGCCUUCAGAGAGCUGCUCAUCCAGGAGCUUGCUGACUACGUGAUGUUCACCUUCCAAAAUACAUCACUGCAGACCUGA